AGUUGUUUGAUAUUUAUUGAAGUGCACCGACGCGUUAUAUCACUUUGACUUAAGAAAUGUCACAAUUCCAACGAAGUAAUUCCCCUUUCGACGUGGAGCAGGCGAUAUUCAUUAUAGAAAAGUAUAAAAACAGUCUGAGGAACCCUCCACUAAAACCUGGCACAGCAGGUAUGGAAGCCAAAGAAUUAGUUCAAAAGGCCAACUCGUUGGAGGUGAAGAUCUCUGUAACGAAUUACAACAGCCUGUACGCGACGCGCACCACCCCCGAGUUCGUGAUCAACGGCGCGGCCGUGCUGCAGCUCAAGCUCAUCGCCGCCCUCGUCAACAACGUCUACAACAACCUCAUCUUCGCGCGCUUCGUCAAGCGACGCGCCAAUGACGACCUAACGUACACGAUCAAGCUCACGAGCACAGAGCUCGGUAUUGCCAAGAGCUUCACCACCGACGACGGCACGUGGCAUCUCAUCCACGAGAACAAGAAGCAACAAUACACGUUUGACGUAACGGCUUGUAUGGAGGCGGCUCCGUGCGCCAGUUCGUUCGCCAGCCUGCACGACGACGCCGAGCUCACGGACUUCGAGCUGCGCGGCGAGGAUGGGUCCGUGCACGUGCACCGCGCCGUGCUGGCCGCCGCCAGCCCCGUGCUGCGCCGCAUGCUGGGCGGCGCGUGGCGCGAGACCGCCCAGGGCAGGGUCGAGCUCCCCGGGACCUCGCGCGCCACGCUGCAGCACCUGAAGGACUACGUGUACUUGCACGCGUUGCCUGAAGCAGGGCUGGAGCAGCUGCUGUUACUGGCGGCGUACUACAUGAUGCCGGACUUGGAGCAGCGCUGCGUGGACAGGCUGGCGCGGGGCGUGAGCGCGGACAACGCGUGCGACGUGAUCGAGUUCGCGGCCAAGAACAAGCUGCCGCGCCUGCUGCUGGCCGUGCUCGAGCUGGUGCAGAACGGCGCCGUCAGCGUCUCCGCCAUGCGCGACCACCUCGCCCAGGCCAAAACAGAUAGUUAAGCUCCUAAUGCUGGCUUCGAUUCAAAAGUUUGCUAUUUUACUCUUUUUCUUUAUUUCUGUGUUGAUUUCAUUCGUGAUGGGUUUUAGUGAAAUAACAAUUGAUGGAAAAGUCUGAACUCUCUAAAAAGUCCUUAUGCUCAAGAUUUGAAACAGUGAUAUUAUAGAGUAUUUUAGUCAUAUGCAUAUGCCGCAGUCAUCUGGUCGAAGCUGCUAUGUGAUUAAACGACUUGCGCUAGUGUA